UAGUGGUUAGGACAUUGGACUCUGAAUCCAGUAACCCGAGUUCAAAUCUCGGUGGAACCUUAUUUUUAUAUGUUUCAGUUACAGCUUCCCUUUCAGACACAAGACAUGCCACGGGGUGGAUUGAUCCUCUUACAAAACCAUGAUAUGUUCUUGUUCUCGAAUAAAAGGUGUUUCACCCCUCAGUGUUUGGUUUCUGUGCAACGUGACAUUGGGGUUUUUCAUUUUAUUUUAUUUUGCAAUGGAAACGGAAACCCGACGGAAAGUGGAGGAGAUGGUGUUGGAUAUAUUGAAGAAAUCCAACAUUGAAGAAGCCACUGAGUUCACCAUCCGAGUCGCUGCCUCGGAGCGUCUCGGCAUCGACCUCUCCGACUCUCCCAGUAGGCACUUCGUCAGAACCGUCGUUGAGUCUUAUCUUCUCUCCGUUGCGGCCAAUGAAAUCUCCAAAGACGCAGAGAAGAAGGAGAACGAAGAUAUUGCCGCCAAAAACGACGACGAUGUGAAGAAGGGAGAUGUCGUUGCGGUGCCCAAACUGAAGAGGGAUGAUCCCGAACGCGUUAUUUGUCAACUGUCCAGCAGGAGGAACUUGGCGGUGAAACAUUUCAAAGGGACAACCCUAGUCUCAAUUAGGGAAUUCUAUAUGAAAGACGGAAAACUACUUCCUGGUUCUAAAGGGAUAAGUUUAUCUUCUGAACAAUGGUCGACCUUCAAGAAGAGUGUUCCUGCCAUAGAGGAAGCUAUAAAAAAGAUGGAAGGAAGGAUAAGAUUGGAGCCUAAUGGUAAGCAAAAUGGAGAUGCGUCAAAUUCAGCUGUUGAUGUUGCUCUUGAGCCCAAUGGUAAGCAAAAUGGAGAUGCGUCAAAUUCAGUUGUUGAUGUUGCUCCACUUGAGCCUCAUGGUAAGCAAAAUGGAGAUGCAUCAAAUUCUGUUGUUGAUGUUGCUGCUCUUGAGCCUGUUGUCCCUAUUGAGGUCAUCCGAUUGGAUGGGAAGAAUUUCCAAUCCUGGGCUCGGCAGAUGGAAUUACUCUUGAAACAAUUAAAGGUUGACUAUGUGCUAGAUGAACCAUGCCCGAACCCUACACUAGGGGAAAGUGCCAAGGCUGAAGACAUUGCCACAGCCAAGGCUGCAGAAAGGAGAUGGCUGAACGAUGAUUUGACAUGUCAUCGGAAUAUCUUGAGCCAUUUAUCUGAUCCUUUGUAUAACCUGUAUGCGAACAGAAAAUUGAGUGCUAAGGAUUUAUGGGAAGAAUUAAAACUGGUUUAUCUGUACGAGGAAUUUGGAACCAAAAGAUAUCAUGUGAAAAAGUAUCUUGAAUUUCAGAUGGUUGAGGAGAAAGCAGUUAUUGAACAAAUCAGAGAAUUAAAUGGCAUGGCAGAUUCUAUUGCUGCUGCUGGGAUGUUUAUCGAUGACAACUUUCAUGUUAGUGCCAUCAUUUCAAAGCUUCCACCAUCGUGGAAGGACUUUUGCAUCAAGUUAAUGCGUGAGGAAUAUCUACCUUACCGGAAGUUAAUGGAACGCAUACAGAUAGAGGAAGAAUACCGCUAUGGAGUAAAACGAGUGGUUGAACAUUCUAACAGUAUGGAAGGAUAUCACCAGGCCUAUAAUGGUGGACAUAGGAGGGCUGACUAUAAGCCAUUGGGAAUGUGUAGGAAUAGGUCAGAAAUUAAUGCCAGGAGCGUACCCUGUAGUGUAUGUGGCAAGAGGGGACAUCUUUCUAAACAUUGCUGGAGAAGAAAUGACAAACAAACUAAUGAGAGGAAAUCAGAAGAGGAUGAGCGUAUACCCACAUAAGUUGAUAUGAUACUCGGGUGCUACCCAGUAGCUUGUACAAACAUGCUUUGUAUUUUGAAUUAGGGUAUACAAAACCUGUUUUUUUUUA